AUGGCGGCGCAGGUCAUUACAAACACCGGCCACGAUGACAUGAUUCACGAUGCUGUCCUUGACUACUACGGCCGGAAGUUGGCGACGUGCUCGAGCGACCGUACCAUCAAGAUCUUCGAAAUCGAGGGCGACACACAGCGCCUGGUAGAAACGCUCAAGGGCCACGAGGGCGCCGUCUGGUGCAUCGCCUGGGCGCAUCCAAAAUACGGCAACAUCUUGGCCUCGGCGGGAUAUGAUGGCAAGGUCUUCAUCUGGAAAGAGCAGGGCCCCCAGAACCAGUGGCAGCGAAUUUACGACUUCCCCCUCCACAAGGCCUCGGUCAACAUCGUCGCUUGGGCCCCCCACGAGGCCGGCUGCCUCCUCGCCUGUGCGUCUUCAGAUGGCAACGUCAGUGUCCUCGAGUUCAAGGACAACAGCUUCGACCACACCAUCUUCCCGGCCCACGGCCUCGGGGUAAACUCGGUCUCGUGGGCCCCCGCCACGUCGCCCGGCAGCAUCUUCAGCAGCGCCCCCGGCAUGGGCUCCGUGGGCAACCGGCGCUUCGUCACAGGCGGGUCCGACAACACGCUCAGGAUCUGGGCAUUUGACCCGGCCUCGCAGUCGUACAAGCAGGAGCGCGAGCCCCUCACGGGCCACACCGACUGGGUGCGCGACGUGGCUUGGUCCCCCACCUUGCUCCAAAAGUCGUACAUUGCCUCGGCCUCCCAAGACAAGACGGUGCGCAUCUGGGCGUCGGAUGCGUCCGGCUCCGGCCAGUGGGACUGCAAGGUCCUCAACUUUGACGCGGCCAUGUGGCGGGUCUCCUGGUCGCUCAGCGGCAACGUCCUGGCCGUCAGCGGGGCGGAUAACAAGGUCUCGCUGUGGAAGGAGAACCUCCGGGGCGAGUGGGAAUGCGUCAAGACCAUCGAGGAGUAG